AUGAUCGCCACCGGUGGCCUGCUGAGGAUUUCUGCCAGAAAGCAGGACCCCCUCCGCCCCCCCAGCCAGGUCCCCAAGCGCAAGCGGAAAGCCAAGAAGAGGCGCAAGAACGACGUGGUGGUGGUGAAAGGCAAGCUGAAGCUCUGCUCCAUCUCCGGUCUCAUUGCUCUCUGCGGGAUCCUGGUGUUGCUUGUGGGCAUAGCCAUGGCGGUAGUGGGCUACUGGCCCAAGCCCAUUGGGCCCAGUCGAGAUGGGGCUAGGCAGCUGCCACUCUCGGACAGUGGCCAUCGCGCCACCAGCUUGGCGAACAGCAGCGGCAGCAACAGGUCCAGGAGCCACCUGGAGGAGACCCAGGGGGUUGUCAACUCCAGUUCUGGGGUGGCGCCCAGGAGCACGCCACCAGCUCAGGCCUCUGUCCCCUCCUCCUUUUCUUCCUCCUCCUCCUCUACAUCUGUGGGCUUCUUCUUUCGCAUCUUCUCUGGCUACUUGCACUCGGACAAGCUCAAGGUCUUCGGACCCCUCAUUAUGGGCAUUGGGAUCUUCCUUUUCAUCUGCGCAAACGCUGUGCUGCACGAGAACCGAGACAAGAAGACCAAGAUUAUCAACUUGCGCGACCUCUACUCCACUGUCAUCGACGUGCACAGUCUCCGCGCCAAAGACCUGGCUGCCGCCGCCGCCUCUGCCUCCUCCUCGUCCCCAGCCCCUGCCUCCGUGCCCCCAGGGACCUCGCCACUCAAUGGCUUCCUCAACUACGUGCAGUCGCGCGGCCUAGAGCUGAAGCCCGGCAGCGGGGAUGCCUUCGGGGCGGCGGCAGCGCUGGCUCGGGGCGCGUGGCCCCACCUGGCGGCGCGGAGUGGGGGCACGGGUGCAGGAGGUACCACGUCCCCGCCAGACCUAGCCUCGUCGCCGCGCUGCCCGCGCGAGCCCCCCAGCCUGGCUGAGGCCGUGUACAGCAUAUACCAGGAGCGCUCUGGAGUGGCCGGACGUCGCCGGGCCACUGCUGCUGCCACCUGCACAGCAGCGACCUCUGCCCAAGGCAGCAGCAGCCCGGCGCCCGGCAGUCCCCCCGGCAGCUGGGGGCGCCCGAGCACCGCGAGCUCCCUGGUGGGCUCUUCACUGAGCGCCUUCACACUGUUGCCUGGGCCUGGAGACCCUGACGGAACAGGGGACCCAGACGGGGUAGGGGACCCAGACCACCCCGAGGACAGUGCGAGGCGCGGCUGGCCGAGGCCGCCAGGGGAGCGCGGCUCCCGGGAGAUCCCGCGGGACAAGUUCGACCGCAGUGGUGCGGACCUCGGUAGUGCGGACCCGUGCUGGGCGCGGGCCGAGCCGGCGGAAUCCGAGGACGCGGCGCUCACCGCCGGGGCCCAGGGCAGCCUGUCCAGGACCGACAAGCACGAGGCUCCGAGGCGUCAUAGCAGCUGCGGGCUCCCGGCGCGUGAGCCCCUGCCCUCCCCGCUUGGCGCGCACGGGGACAUUGGUACUUUGGCCAAAUCUGCCUCCCCGUCCCCGCCACCUGGGCCGGGCGACUCGCCCCCUGCCAGGCGGGACUCUCAGAGUUCGCAGUUGGAUAACCAGUCCUGCAGCAAUAAGGGCUACACCCCUCUUCGAGAGAUAGACACUUCCUUAGAAUCAGUGGUGGAGGCUGGAGCCAGUGACAGCCAGGAGGACUGCCUGGCCGCCUCCACCCUGACUUCACAGCAAAGCCCCUCAGAGGACCGCAGUCCAAAGGCACUCGCAGCCGAGCGACCUCAGCAAGUCCAGAGGCAGUUUACAAAAAAGGAGAAACUCUUGAUGAUUUCCCGGUCUCAUGCUAUAGGAGUGGAAGAUGGGGACCUGGAAAGUGCUUAA